GAAAAUAAAAAAAGAAACCAUCUGUGCGAUAAACGUGAAGAAAAAUCAAAGAAGUGUGCUAGAAGGUGGUGACACUGAGUGUUUGUGAUUGCGAAAAGGCAUAUUGAGAAAGAAGAACAAGGGUUGUGCGUCGAAGGUUUUCGAGUUACCAUCUUGUGGUAGCGGGGUUGAAGGCCCCCGGCUCUAUGUGUGUAUCUCAAUUUACGAGAAUGCAUCUGACAGUGGUGAAUACCUCCCAGCUAAUGAUUAUAAAUGCGGAUGUGAGAGACUGGUGAAUGGACCCUAACUCACCUCCCUGCAUAUGAGACCCUGUGUGGAGUCUUAUCAGUUGAAUUAACAUUAAACAGAGUGAAGGUGUUUUUCCUCGCUUUUUUGGCUCGCUGCCACCAGUUCGGGGGGAAAAGGUAUCGUAAAGCUGGAAGAGGCAUCCCCUAGUGUAUAGAACAUAGACUAUGUGUGUGCUAGUUUUCUAAAAGGGGGAACACUAAACAACAACCUUGCAUAUACCUAUAAUAUAUGUUGAAUUUCGAGGAGCAUCAGUGGGUUUAAACUUCAUCCAAAAGCUCCUAUUAUAUACAUAUAGGUAUCUAGAUAGAUAUAAAGAGAAUUGUGGAAAGGGGGCGAAUUACAGAGUGAACCCGCCUGAGGACAAGGGUUAGGGAGAAAGUUUAUGCCUUGGACUGAAAGUAAAACUUUCCUUUACGCCCCAGUGCACAUCAUUUUCAUCACCCUGAUCAUUUUGGCCCCUGUAAUGCAAAUAAGGAGCACCAUCCGUGGGGCUCCAUUAUCAAAAUGACGCUCAACUAUCUGCUCUGGAUAAGUAAUUAACAAUCCCUGUGGAAGCACAUCAAAUAGAGAGGACCAACAAGAGUGAUUUUCUGAGAGUGUUGAUCGAAAAGACUGACGAUACGGUUAAUGGAUAGUGUGUCAUCGGAUAGAACGACACUGCGACAAGGAGGGUGAGAUGUGAUAUCACACCAGCCCCCGUAUACAUUCUGCCCGGCUUAUACCCAUCAAAUCAUCCUCAUUCUUCCUCGUCAUCUGUCAGUCUGCGUCCACUCUUUCUCACAUGACCGCACAGAAAUGACUGGAUGAGAGAUAAUACGCUAGUGCGUCAGCGAACAGUGAAUGAAUAGUACCAUGUUUCUAAUUACUCCCAUGCUAGUUUGUAGCGAUUUCCCCAAAAUCUCAUCAAAGCCGUGAAACGUGAAGAUACCAAGUUUGAGUCAAUAGAGUGAGAAUCCUCUCUAAUAAACCCGAAACUCCAUACAUACAAUAUAUAAAGCGAUUGUGUUGAAAAUUUCAAAAGAACAUCACUAAAAUCCUAACCAUCACAGGACACACAAGAGCACUCGCCCCAAAGGGAAAAGCAAAGUGCUGUGCCGUACCCCCCAGUUAGCCAGUUAUACUGUAAGAAAAAGCCAAGUGAGGCGGAAGCCGGAGCGGAAGGAGCGAAGAAAAAAGCAAGUGGAGUUUUAUGGUGACCUCAGUGUAACCGACCGGAGAUGGGUUUAAGAUUAGCAUUAGUUUUGCGGUUGGCCAUCAUCAUUUGUACAGCUUUCGUAUGUUUCCCCAUUGUUUCCACCCAGAUGGACUGGGCCGAUGAUGACGAGGAUCCGGUAUCGACAGCGAGCGUGGAGGCAGUUCUGGGAAAAACCGCCUCACUCCCGUGCGAUAUCGAACCCGAGGCGAGAGAUGAUCGAGUGUACAUGGUGCUGUGGUUCAGAGAAAGUGCCGGAAAACCCCUCUACAGCUACGACGUCCGUGGGAGGCCUUUGACCAAAGCUCUGUACUGGUCGGACACAAAUUCCUUUGGUCCUCGUGCAUAUUUUGUUACAGUCUCAAAUCCAGCGGCCCUCAGCGUGGACAAUAUCCAACUUGACGACGAAGGGGUUUACCGGUGUCGAGUAGAUUUCCAGAAUUCACCUACGAGAAAUCAUCGAAUAAAUUUAACAGUUAUUGUUCCACCGCAUCAGAUUCUUGUAUACGAUGCUUCCGGACGUGAUGUGGCCGGUGCUGUUGGUCCAUUGCUCGAGGGCGACAAUCUCAUUCUCACAUGCGAAGUGCGAGGCGGACGCCCAGAGCCCAGUGUUGCAUGGUACAACGGUGUAAUGCCGCUGUCUACGGGCACGGGAGUUUCCAUGGGACGGCACGUGACGGUGAACCGAUUGGAGAUGAAUCAUGUAACCAGAGAUGCUCUCAACAGUACCUACAAAUGCCAAGCAUCUAAUACAAAACUCGUACCACCCGCCGAACGGAGUGUUCGGUUAGAAAUGCUACUAAAACCACUAACAGUGAACAUAUCGGAUAAGCCAAGACAGUUGGUGUCGGAGACAGAGUACAGCUUAAGGUGUGAUGUCAAUGGUUCCAUUCCUGAUACUGAAAUCAAAUGGAUGCAGAACAAUCGACCAUUCAAGCGGGGAAAAAUAAAUCAGAUUACAAACUCCAGUGUUGCAACGUCUGUGCUCACCUUUCGACCUGCGCCCGAGGACGAUGGCACAAUUCUCAAGUGCGAAGGCUCCAAUCCACGUCUUCCAAAUUCAGCGCUCGAAGAUUCCAUGGUGAUGAAUAUAAUGUAUGCACCGCAAGUGAAUUUAUCUCUGGGAUCAACGCUAAAUCCCGACGACAUCAAGGAAGGAGACGACGUGUACUUUGAAUGCCACAUAAAAGCCAAUCCCAAGGAGCACAGAAUAGCGUGGUCACACGAUGGAAAUCCAGUGGUGCAGAAUGUAACAUGGGGUGUAAUAAUUUCAACACGCUCCCUCGUUCUACAGCAUGUGGCACGAUAUCACGCAGGUCAAUACACAUGUGCUGCAGCCAAUGAUCGUGGAGAGACACAAAGCUCACCUGUCACCCUACGGAUCCACUAUUCACCAGUUUGUUCAGCAUCAAAUACAGGUAUUGUUGGAGCUUCCCUGGAGGAAUCCGUAAAUAUCCCUUGUCGCGUAAGCGCAGAUCCACCAAUUGUGGACUUCGAAUGGACUUUCUCAAGCAGCGGAGAGCGCUUCGAAGUACCUCCUGGUCACUACAUCACAAUGCAGAAUACCCAAUCAAUUGGACACGGUGAUUCAUCGCAUACGGAGAUGGAUGUGCGGAAUUCCAUUGAAACUGUUAGUGAGUUGGUGUAUACGCCGAAGAAUGAAAGGGAUUAUGGCACUCUUGCAUGCUGGGGAAAGAAUUCAAUUGGGAAGCAGACAGAACCAUGCAUUUUUCAAGUUGUUCCUGCAGCUAAGCCAUCACCUCUGAGAAAUUGUACAUUGCGCCCCUAUCUGAUGUCAUCGACACAGCAAAUGAGUGGCUCAAGCAAUUUGUCCACGUUGCAAACUGGUCAGAAUCAUCGUGAAAGCAAUUACAUCAAUACGCAAUAUGUUAGGGAUCGUGAUGAGAGGACACAUCAGCCGGGAAGGGGUAAUCAUAAAAAUUCAACGGGACGAUGGCGCGAUGGUGAGGGUGGUAGGAGGGUAGUUCGGGAAAAAUCCAAAUUAAAUUCAGGCGCGCGAGCAAAUGAUCAGAGAAUAUCGAAGAGGCACGCAGAGGUUACGGAUACAAAGCAUGUACAAGCGGGGGAGGGUACAACGGCAAAUGCUACAGCUGAGGAGGUCAUGAGCUCAGGCGUAACCCCCGCAGUUGGUGUCGGGGAGCCACGGAUGCAGUUCCUCAGAUCUGAGGCACGAAUCCCCAUUGAGUCUGGGGGUGAGCUAACGCCAUCGAUGUCGGCAUUUGAAACUGCGCCCACAGCCAUGGAGUUGGAAUGUGUGGCUGGCUAUGACGGUGGCUUACCGCAAUUUUUCAUUCUCGAAGCUUAUGAUUCCCGGACGAAAAAACUCCGAUUAAAUGUUUCAAGUGCCUUUGUCGACAUACCGCUCUUUAGGAUAGACUUGGCAGAUCUCACCCCAUCGGACUCUGCAUACAUUGAUUCAACCCCCAUGCUCCAUCUUGUCGCAUACAGUGUAAAUCAGAAGGGACGUUCAGAAGCCACCGUACUGGAAGACAUUGCCAUAAAUGAGGCGGAAAAGAGAACAGAUGGCUCCGGGGGGCUGUCUGUGUUGCCUGUGGCGGCCCUGCUGACGGGCGCCCUCUUCACCAUUGGUAUUGGCGUACUGUUGGUGGUUGUGCUGACUGUGCGGAAGCGACGGGAACCAUCGACCGUGUGCGAUGGGAAAGAGAAGCACUUGGGCAUGGAUAACACUGUGACGACACCACUGGAGAUGGGAGUUGGUCAACAGAGAUUUGUUGUGGCUUACACAUUGAAGCAGGGUGUGGAGAAGCAACCGGAUAUCCUCAGUGCACAGAAAGGGGCGUCGGACGGUGGCGUGAGGGAUUCGAGUUUGCUGGGGUCACCGGCUGCCAUUCGUCCCGAGGGGCUCUUCAUGAAGCACAAGGAAGGCAAUCAUCUCAAUUACAUAUCACCAACGUAUUCGUGCCAAGAUUUCGAACAGAAGCCAGCUAAUUCCCAAGGAACAACCCAGAGGGAAGCUCUUGUGAGCUACGCCACCCUGAGGCCCUCAACAUACGGCAGUAGUGGCUCUUCCGGGAUGGACUACACCAUCCAACAACCCCCAAUUUACACAGCCAUAAGCGAUACAGGCGGCGGUGGGGGUAUACAAUACCCCACAAGCGCACAGAAUGGCCUUCUGCCCGUCAAUGGCUCCCCGGGUGGGAGUAUAAAAGUACCAGAGGAGGCCCCAAGACCGGAGUACCUGCACUUUGAGCGCUCCACCCUCGACUACCAGAGGAUCUACAGUGAAACUGAAGAUCCUGAGAAGUUGGUGACAACCACCAGCAAAGCCCUCCAGAGUGCCGGUCAGGAUUUUCGACAUCCCGAAUUCACUUCCAAUGCCACGGAAAUAACUACAAACGUAGGGAAUCACAUGGGAGCGAAAGUGCCGCGUGUCAACUCAUCUUCAUUGCCUAAAAAUCGCAACACGAGAAAUCAUAUCAUCACUGAUACACUUCCCGGACCAGAAAGUUGCGUCUAAAUGACCAACGAGCUACAGAAUGUGAUUUUCUCACUAUAGAGACAUAUCAUGCUGAAAAUGAUUAAAAACCUACAAUUUUAAUUUUAUUUACCCAUUAAUAGCCUUUAAUCUAUCAAAUCGAGAAUAAAAAGAUAAAAGUUUUUUUUUAAAUAACAAAAAAAAAGAAGAAUGCAAAGCAAUUCCGGAUGAGUCAAUACGAUUUUUUCAAUAAUAAUUAAGGAAUUUAUCAAAGCUUUCGACGCUUUGAUAAAAAAAAGCAUUGAAUAAUUAAAAACAAAACAAGCAACACAAAUUAAUAAUGAUCUCAAUGCAAAUUAAUAACUCUUGCCGAGACCUUAACCAGCUCAAACACUCAAAUGAGCUUUUUGAAUAAAUUUUCAUUGUAUAUGUUGUCAGUAUUUUUUAUUCCCACUUUUUUCAAUGAAAAACAAAUUUUUUUUAUUGAGAGAUUAAAAUACUUAAAAUUUAUAUUUAAAAAAUGGAUUUAAAUGAUUUUUAUAAUAAUUUUUUCCUGGAGAGUAUUAAAAUAUUAAAAUUUCCACCAAAUUAAUAUCCAAUAAAUUGGUAGGAAAUUGAAUUGUAAAAUUGGCCAUUUUCGACAUGAUAUGUAUGGUAUAUAACUCGAUUUAUCCAUGAAACUCAUCUCUCCGCAAUAUAGUAUGUAAUCAGGGAGCGUGAGAAUAUCAGCAAAUAAAAAUUAAUAUUAUAAAAUAAAAAAAAUUAUAAUAUUAAAUAAAAAAAAAACAUUGGAUAAACAAUUGGCAAAAAAUGCAAAUUGAGAGUGAAAAAUGCAGUGAGAGAAGCGCAUUCUGUUUAUGCAGAGUGCAAGAGAUUUUAGGAUUAAUAGCUAAGGAAUAAAUUGAAAACCAAAUAAAACGUGUAAAUACUUUGUAAAUACGAUUAUAUUUAGAGAGAAAAUAAUAAAACAGCUAAUAUUAGGCCUAUUCGAGGAACAAUAGAAAGUGGAAAAAUAAGGACAAAAUGACUCAUCUUCUAAAGUGAAAAAGAAAUGGGGAAAAACUCAAUAAAAACACAUCGAAGAACAUUUCAUCCAGAAUUAAGGACAAAAAAACAAAAGAACUCGAAGAAACCUAUAAGGGUGGUGGGGAAUAUAAUAAAAUGUAAUUAAGUACAUGUUUAUAAAGCGUAUGAAAUUUGAUAUAUAAUAAACAAUGUAAAGAAAAAUGAAAAAAAAAAUUACUUGUUGACUGCCAGUUGAAUAGUUUGAGAAGUUCGAGCGAAAUGAAGGGGAGAAGAAGAAAACUCAAUGAAACAAUAAACGAAUAGCGAGUUCUCAUUUCUGAACUGACUAUAAGGAACUUUGAGCGUAAAUAUAGCAAAAAAAUGAUAUUAAGAGGGAUGAAGAUUGUAUUGUAAAAAAAAUCCUGCUUUCCAGCUCCAUGUGAUAGCAAACAAUCUAAAAUGAUGCGUAAAUAGACGUGUUUUGUCAUA